CCCCCCGACCCAAGCCUGGACAUCCCCUGUACAAGAACUACAUGCAACAGGACGUCCUGGUUCUGUUGGAGAAGACAGACUCCGCCCACGAUGACUGUCUCCUGGGGAGGAGUCAGGUCGGGUUCAAGGGUCACACAUGACUGUCAUCAACCCUCUGUCUGACCAAUCACGGCCUCCCAACGACCAACACAACCAAUCGGAUCCCGCCUCGGAUGACAAGAGCCAAUUGAAGCCUCCCCCUGAAUACAAGAGCCAAUCAGAACCUCCGUCCAUCCUCCCAUCUCAGACCAGUGUAGAGAAGACCCAGCUGGUUACAGCACCUGUCAGCGGUCCGAGGUGUGUGGCGCGGUUCGACUACGAGGGUGAGGAGGAAGACGAGCUGACCUUCUCCGAGGGUAACGUCAUCGCUCUGACGGAGGUGAUUGAUCAGGAGUGGGGGCGGGGUCAGAUCCACGGGCGAAUAGGAAUCUUCCCCCUGGCCUUCACCGAGAUCCUGGAGGAACCACCCCCGUCGCCAGGGUUACAGACCAUUGUCGAGACAACUAAAUCCUCAGACGUUCCAGACCAGUGGGUUGUGGCAAUCCACGACUUCCCAGGUCAGACUGCAGAGGAUCUGUGGUUCCAGCAGGGGGCGCUGAUCAGAGUAACGCAGCGUGUCGACGCAGACUGGACCAGAGGAACACUGGACGGACGGGAGGGACUGUUCCCCACUACCUUCACACACACCUGUAACACAGCUCAGCCAAUGACGGGCCAGCCUGUGGCCAGGGGCGUGGCCAAGGUCCUGUUUGAUUUCAGUGGAGAGAGAGAAGAUGAGCUCUCACUGAAGGCAGGGGAGGUAGUAACAGAGGUGGUGACAGUCGAUGAGGAGUGGUAUCUGGCGGAUGCAGGAAGGAGACGAGGCCUGGUCCCCAAAAACCACCUGACACUGCUUCCUGACAGCUGCAAAUAGGACUAUGUGAUCUAUAUAUAUAAACUACAUUGUCAUAAGUAUGUGGACACCCCUUCAAAUUAGUGGAUUCAACUAUUUCAGCCACACCCGUUGCUGACAGGUGUGUAAAAUCGAGCGCGUCGCUUUGCGAUCUCCAUAGACAAACAUUGGCAGUAGAAUGGCCCGUGCUGAAGAGCUCGGUGACUUUCAACGUGGCACCGUCAUAAGAUGCCACCUGUUUGACAAGUCAGUUCGUCAAGAGCUGCCCCGGUCACCUGUAAGUGUUGAUAUUGUGAAGUGGUGUGAAGCUCACCUCUUAUUGGACUCUGGAGCAGAGGAAAACGCGUUCUCCGGAAUGUUCUCCGGAGUGAUGAAUUGCGCUUCACCAUCUGGCAGUCUGACGGACAAAUCUGGGUUUGGUGGAUGCCAGGAGAACGCUACCUGCCCUAAUGAAUAGUGCCAACUGUAAAGUUUGGUGGAGGAGGAAUAAUGGUCUGGGGCUGUUUUUCAUGGUUCGGGCCUCUUAGUUCCAGUGAAGGGAAAUCUUCACGCUACAGCAAACAAUGACAUUCUAGAUGAUUCUGUGCUUCCAGGUUUGUGGCAACAGUUUGGGGAAGGACCUUUCCUAUUUCGGUAUGACAAUGCCCCUGUGCACAAAGCGAGUUCCAUACAGAAAUGGUUUGUUGAAAUCAGUGUGGAAGAACUUGACUGGCCUUCACAGAGCCCUGACUUCAACCCAUCGAACACCUUUGGUAUGAAUUUUAAGUCCCCUUAGCAAUGUUCCAACAUCUAGUGGAAAGCCUUCCCAGAAGAGUGGAGGCUGUUAUAGCAGCAAAGGGGGGACCAACUCCAUAUUAAUUCCCAUGAUUUUUGAAUGAGAUGUUCGACGAGCUGGUGUCCACAUACUUUUGGUCAUGUAGUGUAUCUUUGAAUAUGUGCCUUCAGAAAGUAUUCAUACCCCUUGACUUAUUCCACAUUUAGUUUUACAGCCUGAAUUCAACAUGGAUUAAAUAGUUGUUUUUUUUUCUCACAGAUCUACACACAAUACCCCAUAAUGACAUCACAAUACCCCAUAAUGACAUCACAAUAACCCAUAAUGACAAAGUGAAAACAUGUUCUUCGAAAUGUUUGCAAAUUUAUUGAAAAAUGAAAUGCAAUAUCUAAUUUAAAUACACCCCUGAGUCAAUACUUUGUAGAAGCACCAUUGACAGUAAGUCUUUCUGGGUAAAUCUCUAAGAGCUGUGAGUCUUUCUGGGUAAAUCUCUAAGAGCUGUGAGUCUUUCUGGGUAAAUCUCUAAGAGCUGUGAGUCUUUCUGGGUAAAUCUCUAAGAGCUGUGAGUCUUUCUGGGUAAGUCUCUAAGAGCUGUGAGUCUUUCUGGGUAAAUCUCUAAGAGCUUUCCACACGUGGAUUGUGUAACAUUUGCCCAUUUAUAAUUUUCUAAAUUCUUCAAGCUCUGUCAAAUUGGUUGUUGAUCAUUGCUAGACAAAUUUAUUUGAAAAUCUAUAUCAAGAACAGGAUUCAAUCAAAACUGUAACUAGACCACUCAGGAACAUUCCAUGUCGUCUGGUGAGCAACUACCGUAGAUUUGGCCUUAUGUUUUAGGUUAUUGACCUGCUGAAAGGUGAAUUCAUCUCCCAGUGUCUGGUGGAAAGCAGACUGAACCAGGUUUUCCUCUAGGAUUUUGCCUGUGCUUAGCUCAAUUCCAUUUCUUUUUUAUCCUGAAAAACUACCUCGUCCUAAAGGAUUUCAAGCAUACCCAUAACAUGAUGCAGCCACCACCAUGCUUCAAAAUAUGAAUAGUGUUAUUCAGUGAUGUGUUGAAUUUCCCCAAACAUAAUGCUUUGUAUUCAGAACAAAAAGUGAAUUUCUUUGACACAUGUGCCUUGGUUUGGAAUAUUUGUAUUCUGUACAGGUGUCCUUUUCCUCUGUGUUUGAAAUUCACUGCUCCACUGAGGGACCUUACAGAUAAUUGUAUGUGUGGGGUACAGAGAUGAGGAAGUCAUUAAAAAUCAUGUUAAACACUAUUAUUGCACACAGAGUGAGUCUAUGCAACAUGUUAUGUGACUUGUUAAGCACAUUUUUACUCCUGAACUUAUUUUAGGUUUGCCGAACAAGGAGUUACACAAGGAGUUGAAUACUUAUUGACUCAAGACAUUUCAGCUUUUUAUUCAUUUGUAAACAUCUCUAAAAAUAAAACAUAUUUCCACUUUGACAUUAUGGGGUAUGGUGUGUAGUCCAGUGACAAAAUCUCAAUUGAAUCGAUUUUAAAUUCCGUCUGUAACAGAACAGCAUGUGGAAGAAGGCAAGGGGUGUGAAUAUACACUGAGUUUUUAAAAAGCAUUGCUGAAUCCAGGUAAAACCUAUGAUGUUUUUAUCUAUUCGAAAUCCACUUUAAUCAAGUGUAAGAUUCAGAUUAAAGAAGGAUUCUUGA